AUGUCUUCUGACGAAUCACCCGCUGGAGGCGAUGGAGGUGAUGGAGCCGGAUCUGGAUCGGCCAAGGGCACGACCACGGCCGGAGCCGCUCUGAUGAUGGCCAGCCCCUGGCUGACGGUGGCCGCUGCCACCGCCUACACCACAACUGCCAUGUGGGCCAAGCUACGUAGAUCUAGGCCGGGAGGCAAGCUGAAUGCCAUUCUCUUCGUCAUUUGGAUGCUCAUCCAUAUUCCCCUCAUUUUGGGCGUCCUCCAGCGCAAAAGGUCUCUGAUGUGGGCCUACAUAAUCGCCUGGCCGCUGUUCUUCUCGUGUGUGACCAUCCUGCUGCUGCUGAUCCACUGCUCGGUGAUCGUUUGGUACGAUUUCCUGCGCUUUUGUUGGCCCCUCUGGUUCUUUGUCGUGUGGUUCGUGACUGCCAUCCCCUCCUGGAUCUUGGCCAUUUCCUACCUGAGCACUGGCCAUGAUAUUUCAACCGAGGUAUCAUCCACAAACUCGGCGCAAUCGUAGAA